CCAUGGCCGGAAGUUAGUUACACUGGCUGGUCGGCGACCGUAGUAGAGUGUUCUGGUAUGCUGGAGCCAGCUAAAUUAGGCGGUAUACAGUCUGGACUGAUCGUCUGUCAAUCACAAGGCUGACUAAUAGAGGGUUAACCGUGAUCCGGAAUGAGGCAUGGAGGACGAGAGGAGAACAAUGGUGGUCCUUCUGGCAUGUGGGUCCUUUAACCCCAUCACCAACAUGCACCUGAGGAUGUUUGAACUGGCUCGAGACUACCUGGAGGAUACAGGGCGCUAUAAGGUGGUGAAAGGCAUCAUCUCUGCGGUUGGGGAUGGCUACAAGAAGAAGGGUCUGAUUGAGGCAUUCCAUCGCGUGAAAAUGGCCAGACUGGCCACAGAGAACUCAGAGUGGAUCACAGUAGAUGCGUGGGAGAGCUUGCAGCUUGAGUGGGUGGAAACAGCCAAAGUGGUUCGGCAUCACUACUCACUACUGACAACAGACGAGCAGGAUGGUGACAACGUAGACACUGUCAAGUACGCCAAAAAGAGACGCAUCGAGGAGAAUUAUGUUGAGAGUGCAUCUCAUCACAACAAAAGAGUUGGCCCACAGCUCAUGCUCCUGUGCGGUGCUGAUGUCUUGGAGUCCUUCGGCAUCCCAAACUUGUGGAAGCAGGAGGACAUUGCGGAGAUUGUGGGCCGCUUCGGCAUGGUGUGCAUCACGCGGUGCGGCAGCGACCCCCACAAGUUCAUCUACCAGUCAGACAUGCUGUGGAAGUACCGCAAGAACAUCCACGUGGUGCCCAAUUGGGUCCCCAACGACAUCUCCGCCACUCACGUGCGCCGGGCGCUGCGUCGUGGUCAGAGUGUCAGGUACCUGCUUCCGGACAGUGUGCUUUACUACAUCCAAGAGCACGACCUCUACAGCGCUGAGAGUGAGCAGAAAAACGCUGGUGUGGUUCUUGCACCCCUGCAGAGAUACGCAGGGGACCCCUCCAGUUAAAUGUCUGCUAGUGUGCUUUUAUUCUGAAUGGACAGCAUUUAUCGACGCUUCCUCCAGCUACAUGGAACACCAAUAUUUGACUAUUUUGUGGCUUUUUAAAGGAUAAAACAUACAGUACAUGUUCUUGUAGGAAUAGUUUGUCUUUAUUUGGUGAUAUUUUUACUCACUAUAUGGACACACUUACACAUUUUCUAUGAGCACAUGCGUAGGUGCACACCUGUCACCUCCUCCACAGUAGUGUAACAAGAGCAAGACAGUCCCACCUUGCACUCCUAUGGGCCGUUUAUAUACUGUUGUUGUACAUGUGAAAAUGAAAGAUUGCCCCUGGAAAUCAAAUAAAACAACUGCCUUAUGUUUUCCAAA